AUGAUCAAAGAUCUCAAUAAAGAUAAAUAUUUCGAUUUUAUUGUUACGAAUUCUGGAACGAAUAAUAUCGGAAUUUUCUUUGGAAAGAAGAAUGGAAGAUUUAGUGAUCAAAUGAUGUUAUACACUGGUGUUAAUUCUCUUCCAACUUCAAUUGAUAUAAAUCAUUUAAAUGAUGAUACAUAUUUCGAUAUUGUAGUCUAUUCUUCUACUACAAAUUAUAUUUAUGUUUUUCUCGUUAUUGGUGAUAUUGAUAAUGAUUUCUAUUCGGAUAUCAUUGUUGGAAAUAAUCAAAUUCCAAAUUUAGGCAUUUUCUAUGGAAAUGGAAAUGGCAAAUUCUCGAAACAAAUGAUCUUUUAUACAAAUAAGAAUUUCAAUCUGCAUUUUCUGAUCACAAAUCAUUUUAAUCAUGAUAAUCUUUUAGACAUUGCCGUUGUUAAUCAAGAUUAUAAUUAUAUCGAUAUUGUUUUAACAAAAAAAAGAUUAUGGAUAUGA